AACUGAUCGAGCAGUCAAUCCCAGACAGAAGGGUACGGGACCAGGCAAAAAAACUCCCCCGCGUCGCUCCCUCCCGAGUGACUCGGGGGCGAAAAAUCGCGCGGCGCCGCCGGCUCUCCCCUCCGCCUCCCCCCGCCGCCGCUGCCGCUGGCCCUGCAGCGGUGGCGGCGGGCCCCUUCCUCAAACGGGGGAGGGGAUCCUCUGGUCGCUCUGCGCGGCGGAGCUCGGUGCCCGGGGCAGCGGCCCCGGAUCUGGUGGCGGCGGCGCGGCGUGCCUGACCACGGCGGCGCGCUGUGGGGUGGCGCGCGGCCGUGUCUAGGCGGCCGGGGCUGGGGCAUGCGUGCGGGAACUCGCGGAGGUGGGCGCAUGCUGUGGCGCGGUGGUGCUCGGGGGUGGUCAGCGGCAGCUCAGGCAUGGGCUUCAUGUCGCCGUUGGCGACCGUCCCUGGCCGGAUCCAUGGGCCUCGCGCCCGGAUCUGUGGGCUGGCGGUGGUUGCAGGGAGAUGGAGGUGGUGCAGUGGGGUGGCUGGAUAUUCCCCUUUUGGCGGCUGGUUCUUACUGCUCCGCGAGAGGGCGCUGGAUCUGGACGCCGGAUGCUUCAGUGCGAAGUGGAGUUGGUUCCAGCCUCUGGUGGCUCACAAGUGGUUGGGCCAUGGGCGGCGGCGGGGCUGCCAUGGCCCUCUUCGUCGGCUGGUGCAGUGGGUGUGUGGCAGCAGCAAAAAAAGAAAAGGAAAAUGAUUGAUCUCAAUGAGUUGCCUCCUGAUCUCAAUGAGAUUCCUCAUGAUGUGGAUCAACAACAACCCAGCGUACCACCAGGAGCUAAUGCUGAUUAUGAGACAGAAAAUGGGCGCUCUGUUUACUACACGCAGAUAACCCGUGUGCCUAACCCUAUAGGCCAUGACAAUGUGGCAGGGCAGUCAUCAACCCGUGGUGCCCCUGUGAUGUGUCUUUGCAGUCAGAGAACCAUACUCUUGAUGACGAGCACCGCGGCAAAUGUUCCUGGUCCAACCAGGACUGAGCUCGGAGCUGGUGUUGUUGACGGCGUUGUGCAAGGAGAGGAAAGAGAGGAUGAGGCUGGUUCUCAGCCCAUGGAACCCUAUACUGGCAUGAGGUUUGGCAGUCUUCAAAUUGCUAAGGAUCACUACAACAAAUACGCCCUACGGAUGGGUUUCUCUGUCAAGAUUAACACCUCUAGGCGGACAGCUCGCACCAAUGUAUUGGUAAAACAGCGGUUUUGUUGCAACAAGUACAAGAAGUGAUGCGGAGCAUCCUAUGGACAUCACCAUGUACACCUUCAUAGCACAUCAAGCUCCAAGUGGACCUACCGGACUUAAGGUGAACCCGCUCCUCUUCAAGAUUUACAUGAUUAUCUAUUGGACUUGAUCGCUACCUCACCUUGGAUCAUUGUGCAUCAUUAGGUAUGAGGAUGACCGCCACCAAGAAGUUGGGGAGCAUCCCGAAGGCCAAGGAGAAGGACCCCAAGGCCACAAGGAGGAAGAAGGAGUGCAACAAGACCAACUCUGCACCUCUCAGGCGACCCUGUGCCCACGUGCCUCGAAGACCCCGUGCGCACGGACUACACAGGGAGCUGGCGCUGGAGCACCCCGUGCGCACGG